AUUUCUGAAGUGAGACUAGGAAGAGAAGAUGAACAAUUCCCUGGAUUAUCUAGCCUACCCUGCAAUUGUUUCUAAUCACAGACAGAGCACAACCUUCAGAAAGAAACUGGACUUUAGCCACUAUAUAUUUCACAAGAAUAGAAUACAAAUAGUGAAGCCUACUGUUGAUACCAAACCACCAGUGACCCCCACACAUCACAUUUUAAAACUGAGCAAACUACAGGGUGAACAAAAGCGAAUCGACAAAAUCGAAUAUGAAAACAAGCAACUGUGUCAGAAAAUCGCAAAUGCCCAUCGUGGCCCUGCCAAGGUGGAUUGCUGGAAUGAAUAUUUUUCCAAGAGCUUAAACAGAGAAACAAGGAACCGGGAACUAGUGAGAAUCACCGUGGAAAACCAGGGCAUUCUGAAGAGGCUUGGUGAUCGCAAACCCCACUAUGACCGCAGGUUGUCCGAGAUGGACUGGCAGAAUUCAAGGCGCUAUAUCAAAAAUACAACAAGAUAUCUUCUCUCCCAAGAUGAAUAGGUUACUCACCAUGGAAAAGAUACAAGAGAAAGCCCUAGGAUUUCUUAGCUGCUUAGAAAUUCAAGACACUCCUAAGUGGCUGAAUGCUUAAUCUUAGGAUGCUACAAUAAAGCUUGGAACAUAAAAUGAGUAAGUUACAUUGAAAGUACCCAAAGGCUUUAAGUCCCAUCCCAAAAUGGGGACAGAGUGGGGCAUGCAGAAGGGAGAAUGCAAUAAGCAUUUUUAUUUGGGACUAUGAAAAGAAGUUUCUCUGAGAGAGUAAGAGAGAGGAACGCCUUUUUAAAACAUAACACCAUUGCCACCGUCCUAGAGGGGAGGAAGGUGGGGUUAAGAUGACUCAGCCCCAAGUACAGCUCUGUCAAAAUGGAAAACAGAAGCACGUGGUAGGAUUAAGGUUCAGACAACACAGAGAACAAACGCCAUUAGUCUCUCUGUGAAUACACA